AUGUCCGCCAACGAAGCUGGGGAUGGGGCUGCAGAGCCAUCCAACAUGGCCAACGGUGUGUCAGCUAACGAGCCAGCGCCUUCGCCUUCGCCUUCACCAGCACCAACAACCUCACCACCGGCACGGGCACAGUCACAGCCACCAACAGCUAUGGACGAUGGCAACGCAACGGCACAAAUUAGUUCUGCCGCACAGUUCGAUGGUAACGUUUCAGCAUACGGCGCGGUCAAACAGUUUAACGAAUCGAAUAAUAAUAAUAACAGCAGCAACAACAACAACAACACUAACGCUAACUACACGAAAUCCAACGGUUAUCACUACAACAACAACAACAGUAAUAGUAAUCAUCCACACGAUAAUAGCGGCGGCAGCAAUCGCAGUAGUCCGCUUAAGAGUCCACGCGGCGGCAUUGGACGUGACGGCAGCAGCUUUCAUACCAUACAACACCACCAGCAGCGGCAUCAUCAGGACGACAGUGACAAUGAAGAUUAUGAGCUACAAGGUGCAGCUGGUGGCAUAGGUGGUGGUGGACCGAUUGGUGAUUAUUGGCAACAGCGUAACGGUAUUGUCGGCGGGCCAGCAAGUGGCCGGCAAAGUCGUGCGCUCAGUCCCACAUACAUUGAUAAUAUGAGUGAGAAUUCCGAACAACCGCCUGUGGUGCCGUUGAUACGCUCCAAAUCCCGGCCAGAGUUAUCAUCCAAUGCGCAACUGAAUUCCGCAAUGAGCGCCGCUAGUCGCUAUAAUAAUCUUUCGUACUGGAAGGCGCGACGUGUGGUCUUCUAUCGCAAUGGUGAUCCCUUCUUUCCUGGCGUUGAGUUGCGUUAUCGUCCAGGACGUGAUAUAACCUCGCUGGAUAGUUUGUUGGAUAAGAUUUCGCCGAAAAUGGAUUUGCCGCGUGGUGCAAGGUAUGUCUUCUCAAUGGAUGGUGAUCGCAAGUAUCAUUUGGAUGAGCUGGAAGAUGGCGCGUCCUAUGUGGUGUCCUCCUUUAAGGCGUUCAAG